CAGCUGUGUACAUGCACCAUGAAAAGGCUACGUUUUAAAAAGUUUCAGACACCACACAUUCUUUUAACUCAACGCAGCUACAUCGCAUCAAUAACAUGAUGGCCCGAAGGUUGCUACUCCAGUUUAUAUCGAUCUUGCUUCUAGUAUGCUGGGCCACAUGCUGCCGAAGGUUAGAAGUGCAAUGGUUAAAAGAGGAAAUGACAAAGGAAUGGCAUUUGUUUCCUGAAUAUGUUAAUGAAUAUUUUCAUCUAGCAUCGAAUGAAAAACAAUAUACUAAUUUGAAAAAGGACAUUUGGACUUACUUGGUAACUUUGAAAAAAGAGCUAUUGGAAAAACAAAGAGAAAUAGAUGAACAAGAACGAGAAGAAGAAAGAAAAAAAGAUAAAGAGGAUGUGGAAUUGUUUAAAGAGUUAUAUAGAUUUACAAAACCAUCUUUUUAUUUGUCAUUGAGGCAUCUGAACUCUGCAUAUGCGAAGCACUUGAAAGCAAAAUGGGAAGCAACUCAACGCCAACGUGAACGUGAACGCCAACGUAAACGUGAACGUGAUCGCCAACGUGAACUUGACAGUAUACGUGAACGUGAAGGUUUACCGUGACUUCUCUCGUAUUAUAAGAUAAUAAACUGAGUGAAUCGCAA